GGAUUGGGGCGUGUUUAUCAGCGCCUCUGACUGGGAGAUACGGACAGGGAGAGAGGAUCACUCAGGGCUCGGAAACACUCCUCUCACUUUACCGGCGACACGAGCUCUGCUUCGAUAACCGGUUCACAAAGUAAACUCCGCGCAGAUCCGCCGCUAAUCUGGCGAAAUCCUCCGCUCGGCUCAGCUCUCCGAUGGAGCGGUGGAAAGGCAGAGUGGCGCUCGUGACCGGAGCCUCUGUCGGGAUCGGAGCGGCUGUCGCGCGCGCUCUCGUCCAGCAGGGCAUGAAGGUGGUCGGGUGCGCGCGCAGCGUCGAUAAAAUAGAAAAGCUGGCAGCUGAGUGUCAGAGUGCGGGCUACAGCGGGACCCUGAUCCCGUAUAAAUGUGACCUGUGCAACGAGGAGGAGAUCCUCUCCAUGUUCUCGGCCAUAAAGACCCUGCUUCAGGGGGUGGACGUGUGUAUCAACAACGCCGGCCUGGCUCACAACGAGCCUCUGCUUAGUGGCCGCACUGAGGGGUGGAAGAACAUGCUCGAUGUGAACGUUCUCGCUCUGGCCAUCUGCACACGUGAAGCCUACCAGUCCAUGAGGGAGAGAAACGUGGACGAUGGACACAUCAUCAACAUCAACAGUAUGGGAGGACACAGGAUGGUACCGAGCGCCGACGCGCAUUUCUACAGCGCCACCAAAUACGCCGUGACGGCACUUACUGAGGGGCUCAGACAGGAGCUGAGGGAGGCCAAGACACACAUCCGCGCCACGUGUAUAUCUCCUGGCAUAGUGGAGACGGAGUUCGCCUUCAGACACCACAACAGUGAUCCAGAGAAAGCUGCUUCUGUGUAUGAAAGUAUAAAGUGUUUGAAAGCAGAAGACAUAGCCAGCGCCGUCACCUACGUCCUCGGCGCCCCUCCACAUGUUCAGAUCGGAGACGUGCAGCUGCGGCCGGUGGAGCAGGUGUCCUAGUGAUGGAACGGAGACAUGUCGAUGGAGAGCGGAGAAGACCGAACCAGCAGCAAACAGCGUCUCUCUGGCAACACCUGCUGGACAAACCGUACAGAUAGUUUUAAAACACGGAAUCGAAAGGGAAUUUUGUGGUUUGUGUGUGGUUUGAGGAAAUCGUAGCGAAUCUGAAAAUCUGAAGCUGUAUGGGAGGGAACUGGUCCAUAAAAGAUGGGGAGAAAAUAGAGCGAUAUGAGUGGUACUGUUCCAAUUUACACAAACAUGGCUGCCUCAACAUGAUAAGAUUUUUUUUUUUUUAGUAGAUGGAAACUGGAAAAUGGAAACAGGGACCAUGUAGGGCUGUUAAAUGGUCCCCACUUAUAACCACAGACCAGAAUGUCAUCGGUUGGACAGUUUUGUUUUUUUAAGGUCAUAUGACAUAUCUGUUUUGAAAUGAAACAAAAACACUGCCACUCAGUGUGCAGCAAAAUAGGUGUAGAAAACACUGUUGCAAUUAUAAUGUAUUAAUCAAUCUCGUAUAAAGGCUUCUGAACCAUCAGUAUUGUUUUAGAAUAGUGUGAGUGAUUUGAAACUAUACUUUGCUAAUAUAUUCCCAAACUACAAGUAAGCAACUAAAUUCUGGAAGUUGUAACUAAUAGUUUUUUUCUCUCAUUUUUCUCAAUUACACUCGUCCCCCCCAUAACCGUCCCCCCCCAUAACCUAACAGUUAUUAGGUUUUCCCUUAAAAAUAAAAACAAUUAGCUUUCCUCUCUGAAAUACAGCUUCCAUCUGCAUUUAUCUAUCAUUUACAUGGAGUUUGCCUUCAUAUCCCAGUUAUAACAACUGAUAAGCUGCAGUAAUAUUGGACAUUACGGAUGUGUUAUAAGACUUUAUACGACUCCCCACGAUACAUUAUAACUGCGCUAUAAUUGAUUAUUGUAUUAUUUUUUUAUAAGUAUUCUAACUUUAGAUUGUACGUAGAUGUGUUUCUCAUAAUGUGUAACUUUUUGUAAAUUCUUUGAUUGAAAGCCAAUCAGGAGUAUGAAGUACCUCUGACGCGCAGAGCCUGAGCUUAUAAAUUGCAUAUGAACAAACGGUUAAGUACUUGUGCUUUUUAAAGACUGCAUCCAGUGCAUGAUAUUUAUCCAAACCUGAGGAGGCAUUUGAAAACCUUGAUGUCACGUAGAAUUGGUGUUUUUUUUUUUUUUUUUUGCACUUUGGAUUCGGACACUGACACCUUUCCUAGAGACAUGUGACUAAUUUUUAUGUGUGCGCAUUUUAAAGAAGCUCCACCUUUGUUCAUGUGUACAGAGAAGAUAUUCUCGUGAACAUAAACCGAAAAAAUGAUUAGUGCUGUGAA